GUUGUUUUCUCACGGAGGAAGACCAGCGACGGAGGUCCACUUUCGCAAUGAAGGCUUAAGGUAUAUAAGUUAGAGAGAGCUCGGAGUGAUGGAGCAACAACAGCACAAGAGCCCCCAAGCUACCGCGCAUACCUUCAACAGUCACUAUUGACUCGGACUGCUCCUUUACCUCCAUCAAGAACACGUAUUUCCCAAACGUAUGCUUCCCGCUGCCAAACUUCACCUCGACUGGCCCUUAGAGUAACUUACGACUGACACCUGAUAAAGAACCACAAUGAAGCUUUCCACGACCCUCCUCAUUCUCCUGGACGUCCUGGCGGUGUCCGCAGUAUCCGUCCAGGCCCCGGAUGCCAACGAGGCACCCGCUCUCCACGCCCGUUCCGAACUGCAUAAACGCGGUUGUGCAUGGCGCCAGUAUGGCUGCGAGAAAGGCUACUGCUGGCAGAAGUGCGAGCAGAGUUCGCCUGGAGGAUGGUGCUGGCUGGCUUUCAACGGUGGAAAUGGCGACUGGGUUACUUGCUCGAAAGAUUCGGAUUGCGUUGACAGGCACGACAAUAACCCCAGCUGUGGGAAUCCGACUAGGCCAAGUGGGGGGUGCAGCUGUUAAAGCUGCUGGCGCCUAUGGAGCGAUGACAUUCAAGAGAUCCGCUUGGCUGGCUUCUUGAGAGCGGGAGAUGGGAGAGGACCACAUGGAGAUAGAAAACGGCAGCUAUUCACUCGCUCCCUUUGAUGGGUUGUUUCUGAGGUUCUAGUCAUGCAUAUGGUGUUAUGGCGGUGUCCACUUGUCUUUCAUCUCUCAUCUUCGUUGUUCUUAUGCUUUAGAAUACCACUAGAAAUGGACCAGGUUGAAGCCGCUUGCAUAGGCCUCUUGCUAAAUGUACAAGGCUCUCAUCACUACACACACUAAUGGCAAUAACGUAUCUAAGCAAGAACAUUCCA